AUGAUACCACCUUGGUUGGCUGUGCUAAUUGCCUCUGGGUUUGUUAUCGCUCUAGUCGCCUUUCUAGUUCUCUAUUUCUCACUGCCGUCACGGAAGAACUUCGAUCUUAAUAAGAAGCACGCCGUAGUCACAGGAGGCUCAAAAGGUAUUGGCAAGCAAUUAGCUCAUUCGCUGCUAUCUAGGGGAUGUAACGUUUCCAUCAUCGCCAGGAAUGAAGCUGAUUUGAGGGCAGCUUGUAAAGAACUACAGACGGCUGCCGAUCAACGUGGUCAAAACCAAAAAGUGCGUUACUACUCGUUGGAUCUCACGAAAGGAUACCGAGAGGUAGAGUCUGUGAUCCGACAAGCAGAACAAGAGCUUGGUCCUGUCGAAGCGCUCAUCAAUAAUGCGGGCACUAGCGUUCAGGGGGCGUUCGAAGAUCUACCGAUUGAUGACUUCGAGAGCCAAAUUAGAGUCAACUACCUAAGUGCAGUUUACGCUACCCGCUGUGUUAUAGCAGGCAUGAAGUCACGCCGAAGAGGUCACAUUAGCUUCGUGUCAUCCGCUGCUGGCCAGUGCGCUAUCUACGGUUACACGGCUUAUGCCCCUACGAAAUUCGCUCUCAGAGGCUUAGCCGAUGCUCUCCAGAUGGAACUAUCUCCCUACAAUGUCAAUGUAUCGAUUCUAUACCCCCCAAAUACGGAUACUGAAGGAUACAAGAAAGAAAUGGCGAGUAUGCCUGAAGAAGUACAGCUGAUCAGCGAGACGGCCGGUCUUUUCUCUCCGAAAUUUGUCGCUGAUUGUCACGUUGUGACUAUAGAAGCCGGCUACUAUUCAACACCUGUCGGUCUCGAUGGAUGGAUGCUGAGUGAGCUGAAAAUUUUUUGUUCGAGCUCAGACUUUUGA